UAUUUUUGUGGUUCUUUGGUAUUCUGAAACCCCGAUUCUUAUACAUUUCAAAAGCACUAUUGUUUUUAUUUUUAAAAAAAUUCUUUUUAAGUUUUCUUUAUUUUAGACUGAUUGAGGAAUUUCGUUUGCUGCAAUUCCGUAUUUCUAUCUUUUUUUCUUUAAAAAACCUGUGUGAACUGAUUUGUCCAUCUAUUUUAUACAGAUGUGCGCUUGACUUUGAUAUUUUAUUGUUCAUUUAAUACUUUUAUGCCUUUUGGAUUUGGAGAUAUAUUGAAUUUAAUUUAUCUUGGCAAAAUAGGGGUUUUAUGUUUCUGCUUUGUUAGCCAAUUACUUCAUAAUGAAUACGGUGGAAAAUUUCUUUAUAAGUUUACGCAUUGAAAUCUGGAGAGGAGGUUUAUGGACUUUGAACAAAGAUUCGAUUCCUUUACACAUGAAUGCUUUUAGAAUUUUGACGCUGAUGUGAAAUUCACUUAAAACAGAUACGGGUUGUAUUUGUAAUUCAGAAAUGAGCUAUCCGUCUUAUUAGUUUUCUCAUUUAUGAUUUUCAAAAAUGUGACUAGUAUGCGUUUUGUCAUUUCCUCAAGUGUGUUUGAUUGCCUAGGUGAGAGAAGCGUGUGCUUUUGUGAGAGAGGGAAGGGAAUAGGCUUCCACCAUAGUUUUCACUGAAAAUAUGUUCUUUAUUGAGCCCUGUGGAGUUUAACUUGGCUUACUGCCUUACAUUAGGUCUCAGUUUCUACUUUCUACAAGCACUUUUCUCUUGCCAUUCCUCCAAAUUAUGUUUUUUCUGUUGUACUAAUUUUGAAAUCAUAAAUAAUUAAUCAAUAUAGGCGUGUGAAUGGAAUGGUUGACCUCCCCUCAUAAUCUUUCUUUUUCUCAACUCGCUUUAGACAUUUAUUUUUCAAGCUUUAGAGUGAUAUACUUUGUAUUUCCUCUUGUUUGAGAGAGUUUGAGUGCCUGUAACUCAUUUGGCUUUUUUUUUAGAUACUGGUGCCUGUCCGUUAUUGUUAAUCACUCACGUUAUAAGUUAUAUUUACUCUUACCUUUGUUCUGUUGAAAAACCAUCAUUGUGAUCCCCUUCUUUAAGCUUUGACUUUGAGGCAUUUUGAUUUAUAUAUCUGAUUUCUUGGUAGCAAUUGUAAAAAAAUCUUAAUAUCAAUUCAUUUUUUUGUUUGAUUAAACUUCUUUCAACGAAAAUCUGGAUAAACUAGUAGAGCAGCAGUCCAUUAUACUUUUAGUGCUACCUGUUGCAUUCUAAGCUGUUGGAGUGGACAUUCAAGUGAUCAUGGGGUCAGCUUGUUGUGUUGCUUCAAGGGAUAAAACCAUACCCCACAGAGCCGGAGGUGAAGGUUCACAUGGGAAUGCCAUAGAUUUGUCAUCAUGGAGCUUCCGGAGGGAUAAUAGAGGAUGUGUGGCUGGAAAAAUUGAGAAUCCUUCGUAUCAGGUCUCUAAUGGAGUCAGUGGGAACGUUAGCAUGGAGUUAAAGGGGUCUUUAGAUUCCGAAAGAGGUAUUUUAUCUGAUGGGGGAAGCCUUAUGGAGAAUUUUGGAACACCCAACUCUCUGAAGUCUCCAGCUCAUGAAGGAGCAGAUGUGAAUCUGAUGACUCCGCAUUCAGAUCUGUCCACAGCAAGCAAUUUUUCCAUGGAGGUGAAGAACCUAGCAGAAUCACCAGAAAUUGCCGAUUCAGCCACACCAAAUCAUGCCAUAUUCUCCAUGCUUUCAGCACCAUCUAUUGAUACUCUGCCUACCCCUACUUAUCCACUUCCUAAGUCAACCCCAUCGAGACGGGCCCGGCGAUCACCGGGAUACCAGCUUAUGAGACAGGUCUCUGAUAGUAGAAUCUUGCGACUGAAAUCGCCAAAUAACAACUCGAUGUCUGAAGGAAGACCAUCUUUUGUACUUUCCACUGGCAGCAAUGACUUAGCCACUGGAUCCCAAUGUGGAUCUUCUGAUGGCUGGUCAAUCCGCACAUUUUCUGAGCUUGUGGCAUCUUCACAACGAGAGAGGUGGUCUUUUGACAGUGAACACUUUGGCUCUGGCCGUGGCAAGAUAAGUGGAUCUAGCAGCAGGUUCUCAUAUUCUCCCUCUGUAGAAUUGCCUUGUUGUGGGGCCUGCUCAAAGCUCCUAACAGAGAGAUCUUCAUGGAGCAGCCAGAAAUUGCUUAUCAGCAACGAGGUACCAGUGGCUUCUGUACUGGUCUGUGGGCAUGCUUACCAUGCUGAAUGCCUGGAGAUUAUGACAGCAGAGACUGACCGGUAUGACCCGCCUUGCCCAGUUUGUUCCGUUGGAGAGAUGGAAGUCUCAAAGAUGUCCAAAAGAGCUUUAAGGAUAGAAGCAGAGUCGAAGGCAAAGAGCCAUAAGAUAUUCAAAAAUCGGGUUGUGGAUAGUUACCUUGAUUGUGAUUUUGAUGUUUUUGAUUGCCAAAAAGACGCUGAACGCAAAGGAAAAGUUCCCAAGAUGGAACCCAGUUCUAGCACCAGGAGCCUCGUCUCGAAGCCUUUCUUGAGGCGGCACUUUUCAAUUGGGUCCAAAUGGAGUAGGUCCCUGUCAGAGAACGAAUCUGCCCGGAAGAAGGGUUUCUGGGCAAGAUAUCGUAGAGAUUGAGCUUUUAAUCUGGAAAGUGGUGAUAACCUUUCUUAUUAUAAGUUGUUACACAAGCAUUUACGAUUUUUCUUCUUUAACGUAGUCUAGAUUCAGUAAUAAAUUUAUUUGAACUAUUAUUCCC